ACCGAUCUGAAGAUCAAAAAUAAUCUAAAACCCUCUCUUAUAUUUUUAUUAUUUCUAUUCUCACCCCAAAAUUCAUCGAUAUUACAUUCACACCCCAAUUGUUAUAACUCAUGUCCUCCAAAUUGAUUUACCGUACUCUUCGACCGGUGCUAUCGUCUUCCGGUUUAGGUAUUGGACCAGGAAUCAGAGGACAUGUCAUCAGCCACUUGUCCACUGUUCGAUUUUUGAGUUCUGACACUUCAUCUCCGGUGAGUGGGAAUAACCAGCCGGAAAAACCUGUCCAAACGGCUGACGGCAAAGUCAUAUCCACUUAUUGGGGUAUACCUCCGGCUAAGAUCACUAAACCGGACGGUUCAGCUUGGAAGUGGAAUUGUUUUCAGCCAUGGGAUUCAUACAAACCGGACGUAUCCAUUGAUGUAACCAAGCAUCAUAAACCCUCCAAUUUCACUGACAAAUUCGCAUAUUUGACCGUUCAAACUCUGAAAAUACCGGUUCAACUAUUUUUCCAGAGGAAGCACAUGUGCCAUGCGAUGUUGCUAGAGACGGUGGCAGCGGUUCCGGGAAUGGUCGGAGGGAUGCUUUUGCACUUGAAAUCUCUCCGGAGAUUCGAACAUAGCGGCGGAUGGAUCAAAGCUUUGCUCGAAGAGGCUGAGAACGAGCGUAUGCAUCUCAUGACCUUCAUCGAACUUUCACAACCCAAAUGGUACGAACGGGCGAUUGUGUUCACGGUCCAAGGCGUUUUCUUUAACGCAUAUUUCUUAGCUUAUGUGAUUUCUCCAAAACUUGCCCAUCGUAUCACUGGAUACUUAGAAGAAGAGGCCGUGAAUUCUUACACCGAAUUUCUCAAAGACAUUGAUGCCGGAAAAUUCGAAAACUCGCCAGCUCCAGCCAUCGCAAUCGAUUACUGGCGGUUGCCUAAAGACGCAACGCUUAGGGAUGUGGUUUAUGUUAUCCGAGCUGAUGAAGCUCACCACCGUGAUAUUAACCACUAUGCUUCGGAUAUACAAUUUCAAGGACACGAACUUAAGGAAGCUCCGGCUCCUAUUGGAUAUCAUUAAAGAUGAUGUGACAAAGCUUUGUAUACAUGUGAUUUAUGUGAACAUAUGUUGUUGAUCUCCGUGAUAUUUUUAUUUUA